GAUCAUGCGCAGCAUGCCCUGCAGCGCACAGCGUUCCGAGGACAUGUGGCACACGUUCAACCUGGUGCGUGAGGGCGACCACAUCACCGCCACCACCUUCCGCAAGGUGCAGGUGGACAAGGGCACGGGGGCAGACACGGAGCGCCUCAAGCUCAAACUCACACUGGAGGUGGCGGCCAUCGAGUUCGACGCGGAGGGAGGCGUCAUCCGCAUCAAGGGCCGCAACUUGACCGAGUCGGAGCACAUCAAGCUUGGAGCCUACCACUCGUUGGAAUUGGAGCUGGGACGAGCAUUCACGCUCAAAAAGGCGGCUUGGGACGCAUUGGAUAUUGAGCGCGUGCGGCAGGCCACUGACGUGUCUCUGUCCGCCGACCUGGCCGCGGUGCUCAUCACGGAGGGCCUGGCGCACGUGUGCCUGGUGGGCGGUAGCACCACGCUAGUGCGAGCCCGCGUGGAGGCCAACCUGCCCCGCAAGCGCGGCGCCGCGGCGGCAGGGUACGACAAGGCCUGGACGCGCUUCCUGGACCACGUGUUCACUGCGGUGGUGCGGCAUGUGGACUUCGGCGUCGUCAAGUGCCUGGUCAUCGCAGGCCCGGGCUUCGCCAAGGACCAGUUCAAGGAGCACCUGGAGCAGGAGGCGGUGCGGAGGGAGGUCAGGCCGCUGAUUGAGAACAAGGAAAAGAUUGUGCUGGCGUCCGCUUCGUCCGCCUACAAGCACAGCCUCAAGGAGGUGCUGUCGUGCCCCACCAUUGCUUCGCGCAUCAAGGACACCAAGGCCGCGCGCGAGGUCACCGCCCUGCAGGACUUUUACGACCUGUUGGCAACGGACGCAACCCGCGCCUUCUACGGCCCCGGCCACGUCUUCGCAGCGGCAGAGCUGGGCGCCAUCCAGGUGCUGCUGAUCAGCGACUCGCUGUUCCGGAUCAACCACGUGGAGAAGCGGCGCAAGUUCGCGGAGCUGGUGGAGGGAGUGCGGGAGGCGGGCGGAGAGGCACUGGUGUUCUCGGCCAUGCAUGUGUCGGGCGAGCAGCUGAACCAGCUGAGCGGCAUUGCGGCCAUCCUGCGCUUCCCGCUGCCGGAGCUGGAGGACAUGGAGAUACCGGCAGAGGUGUAGGGAAGGAGGGGGGAGGGAGGGGGAGGGGGGGGGAGGGAGGGGGAGGCGGCGGGGCAGGAGCAGCAUGGCGAUGGAGGUGGAGACGGAGGUGCAGGAGGCAGGGGACAGGAAGGUGGCGGCAGGGGUAGGUGGAGUGGGGAGUUGCAGAGUUGCAGAGCUGCGGUCGCAGCAGGCGUGACCUGGGACGCGCGCGCAUGCAGCGCAGGCGUGUGGGUGCGCAUGCGUGUGGGGUCUGGUCCACACGACUUCAAUGCAUGGCGUGUACGGCAGCACGGAGCGAGGGACUGCUAGUCCUACCUGUGCCGUUGGAGGACAGGGCAAUGUAAGGAUGUGCUUGUGCGGUGGCACGAGGGGAGGAGGGAGCAUGGAUGCGGAUGGAAGCUUUUAAGCUUCCAACAUG